AAGGGAAUUUUAUUUAAAGUUGUAGUAUUUAUCUCAGAUGGUGCUUCAGUUAUAUUAAGAAAAAAUGAAGGUGUUGUAGCAAAACUUUCUAUAGUAUAUACUUAUCCUUUAAUUGUUAAUCAUUGUGUGGCUCAUAGGUUGGCUUUGGCAUGUAAAGAUGUGAGAAAAGAAAUUGAAUUUUAUAAUGAAGCUGAAUUAUUAAGAUUAUAUGAGAUACAUUGGCUUGCAUGGUAUAAUGCUAUUAAAAAUAUUUGUAAUUCAAUUCCUGCAUUACUUAGAGUUUUUAAAGAAGCAGAAAAUGAUAAAGGAUAA